UUCAUUUGAGCUACUUAUUCAAUGAACAGGUUCACUGACUGACUUUAAUGUUGCCUUCUUUUGAUUACUGGAACAUUUCCUGGGUUGUUUGUGACUGGUGAAAAAGAGAGCACAGGCACUGCAUGAGAAAGAGUAGAUUUUACAACAACAAAAAAACAUGGCAAAACAUUGGCACAUGGUGUAUCUGUGGAGUGUCUGGCACCUCCAGACUGUUAAAGUAGCAGCUUUCAAUCUGGACACCCAGAAUGUGCUUCAGAGAAAUGGAGAUCCAGGAACCCUGUUUGGAUUUUCUGUUGCCUUCCACCAGCAGCUGAACCCCACCAGAAAGAACCUAUUGCUGGUAGGAGCUCCACGAUCAAAACAUCAGAACCAGGUGAAUGUUACAGGUGUUGUUUACCAGUGCGAUCUUACAACAUCAUCCAAGCACUGUCUGCCCAUUGAGUUUGAUAAUGAAGAGUUCCUCAAUAGUAAAGGCAUAAACAACCAGUGGAUGGGAGUCAGAGUGACGAGCCAAGGUCCUGGUAAAAAUGUAAUGACUUGUGCCCAUCGAUACCAGCAUUGGAGCCCGGGGCCGGGCCUGUAUAUCCCUCGCUUGGUGACGGGUCAGUGUUACCUGUUAGGAGAUGACCUGCAGGUCGGGAAGGAAGAGAGGACGUGGAGAAGGGUAGUUUGUGAUUCUGAACACCUAACCAGACGACCUUUGGACCAUGGGUGGUUUGCAUACUGCCAACAGGGCCAUGGAGCAUCUUUUGCAAAGGACAACAAAUCUCUGUUAUUUGGUGCACCAGGAGCGUACCAUUGGAAAGGAAUCGUACAAAUGCAGCCACUGGACAACCAGGUCUACCCCAGUGAGGAGUCUCGUGAGACCGGGAAUUCGGACCAGUUUAACACACAACUCAUUCCUCUCCAGAGGGACAGCUACCUGGGAUUCUCCAUCGACUCUGGUCUGGCCCUCAUCAGGAAGGGUGAGCUGACCGUCGUAUCCGGAGCACCCAGAGGAGGUUACAGCGGGCAAGUGGCGUUUCUCAAGGCAGACCCUGUGGCAAAGAGAAAUUUGUCUGUGGAGUUAGUCCUCUCUGGUCCGGGCCUGGCCUCCUCCUUUGGCUACGAUGUGGCAGUGUUGGAUCUCAAUGGGGAUGGGUGGGAGGACCUUGCUGUAGGAGCUCCGCAAUUCUUUGUUAAAGAUAGUUUGGUUGGAGGAGCAGUUUACAUCUACAUCAACAACAAAGGAAAAAACUGGGAGAAGAUUGUUCCAACACAACUUCUUGGACAUAAAGACUCCAUGUUCGGCCUCGCAGUGGAAAACAUAGGAGACGUCAAUCAAGAUGGUUAUGGAGAUAUUGCUGUGGGGGCACCAUAUGAUGGUUCUGGUCGAGUAUACCUUUACUAUGGCUCAUCAGACAGCAUUAAAAAAAAGCCAGCACAGGUACUCUCAUCUGGAUCCAAAAAAGUGACUCUGUUUGGAUAUUCUCUGUCUGGCAACUUGGACGUGGACAACAAUCAGUACCCUGAUUUGGCUGUGGGAUCGCUCUCUGAUUCUGUAUUUGUUUACAGAGCGAGGCCAGUGGUCAGUGUCAGCAGCUCUCUGAUGCUAACACCAAAUAAAAUAGACAUCAUAAAGGAACAGUGUGAUAAACGCACAUGUCAUUUUAGAGCUCAGGCAUGCUUCACCUACACAGCACAUCCAGCAUCGCUCAACCCCACACUGAUCCUCGACUACACUUUUGAGGCUGACGCUGAGAAGAGAAAAGCGAGGCUUCCUCCCAGAGUGGAUUUUCAGGAUUUGUCUCGAGGGAGACUGGAGCUGCCUGGACAGAAGAGAGAAGUCUGCACUGGCACCAGACUCCGACUUCUGCGUGAUAUCAAGGACAGGCUGCACAGUAUCCCUGUCUCUGUCACUGUGUCUCUGUGGAGCUCCAGUCAGACAACCAGGACGAGUGCAGAUCUGCCCAACGUUACUCCUGUCCUCAACCUCUUCCAGCAAAAGAGCACUGUCUCAGAGAUUACCUUAAUAAACAAGGGCUGUGGCAGUGACAACAUUUGCCAAAGUAACCUUGAGUUACAGUACAAGUUCUCUUCCAGGAAAACACAAAAUAAUAAAGAUGUUUUCAAAUCACUGACAAGAGAGGAUGGCGUCGCAGUCAUCACUCCAUCUGAUGAAGACAUAGCUUUGGAGAUCACUGUGACUAACAGGAACGGGGAUGACGCACACCAGAGUCACUCCAUCAUCAGCCUCCCAGAUACUCUUCAUUACUCUUCUAUAGUGUACAGUCCUGCAGCAGAAACACAAGUGAGUUGCACAGCCAAUGAAAAGGGAACACUAAUAGACUGUGAACUGGGAAACCCACUCCGAAGAGAUGCUGAAGUUACAUUUUAUGUCAUACUCACAACAUCGGGCAUCUCGCUGAGUACAAAAGACGUUAACGUCACUCUGCAGCUUGAAACGACAAGUGUGCAGACCAUACCGCCAGUUGAGGCUUUAGCCAAAGUGGUUUUUCAGCUUGAGCUGCAAUUAUAUGGACUAGCCAGGCCUUCUCAAGUGUCACUUGGUGAAAACUUGAGGGGUGAGAGCGCCAUAAAAUCGGUGAAUGAAAUCGGAACUCCAGUUCAAUAUGAAUUUAGGAUAACAAAUUUGGGCAGACCACUGAAAUCUUUCUCUAAUGCAUCACUAAACAUCUACUGGCCAAAGGAGAACUCUGUAGGAAAAUGGCUUCUGUACUUGACUCAGAUCAGCAGUAAAGGUGUACAGUCUGUCCCCUGCUCACCUGUAGACGAGAUCAAUCCACUUAAACACGUGAAGGGAUGGCAUGACCCCCCCAGGAAAAGACGUGAAGCUGAGCAUGAAGCCCUCUCUACUGACGGAUUCUCUUUUCUUCCAACCAGAAGGAAAUACAAAACCCUAACCUGCUCUGACGGACAGAAGUGUGUGGAGAUACGCUGCCCUCUGCUGGGUUUGGACAGUACUGCAGUGGUUGUUCUGCAUUCACACCUGUGGAACGCCACUUUCACAGAGGAUUACAGCUCCUUGAACUACCUGGACAUUGUUGUGGAUGCUACUCUCAGUUUAACAAACUCUCCAGAGAAUAUUGGACUUAAGCCAGAGAAACCUGAGACAAAGGUAAAACUGACAGUGUUCCUUGAGAGAAAGACUCAAUAUUUCACCAAAGUUGCCUGGUGGAUCAUCUUCCUGACAGUCAUUGCGUUGCUCCUGUUGUUGGCUGUUCUUGUCUUCCUGUUGUGGAAGCGGGGCUGCAUCGACUGCCUCGCUCAGAACAAGAAGCUACAUAAUGAAGAUCCAAACUCAGAGACUGCUCACCUUAAAGGCUGAGAGGAGAAAACAGGGCCUGAGCCUCAGUGGUACGAGAUGUGUGCCAUGAACACAAGAUAAUAAAAGGUUGAUUGACUCA